GGGCGGGCAGCAGGCGGAGCGGCACUCGAUCGUCUUCCUGCCGUUCCUUUUCCUUUCUGCUCUGCGCUUCCUGGCUAGACAUGGCCUCUUUCUUGGACCUAGAGAGCCUGGACGGUGAAACUACGCCGCCGAUUUGCACUAGUCGUUUCGUUUUCGGAUGUGAGCUGAACAGCAGUGCGCGUUCUUAUACUUUUAAAGUCUCGGAAGAAGAUGAUUCAGAUCAUUUCCUAGCUCUAAAUAUGGCUUGUCUGUCCGAGGGUGCCAAAGAUGAAUGCAACAUUGUGGAAGUGGUGGGUCGUGACUAUCAGAACAAGGAGGUUGCUGUGCCUGUGGCCAACCUGAAGCUGUCAUGCCAGCCCUGGUUGUGUUUAGAUAAUUUUGAGUUCCAGCCCCCAGUGACCUUCCGUCUGCGCUCAGGAUCUGGCCCUGUUCAUCUUUCAGGACAACAUCAGAUUUUUCACAGAAAGGAUCUUUCAGAUGAUGACUUCAGUGAUGAUGAUGAAGAGGAUCAGGAGGAAGAGCUUUCACCUAUCAAGCCAGCCAAGAAGAAACAAAAAUCAUAGCUGAGCUUCUCUGUAGGUACCUGUUCAGUUGCCUGAGAAUGCUCAUCCUGAGUGGAAUAUUGUAGAGUUCUUGUUUUCGUUAAUUAAGCUUGUUAUAUUAUUGUAGGAUACCAUGGACAGUUCUCCAUUCACACCAUUAGUAAUGACUUCCUGAAAUUGGCUUUUUCAUUUAAAGGCUCUGGACAGGAAAUAUUCUACAGCUUUUUGCUCGUUAAUCCCAUCUCUGAUUUUAUAUUCUAACUAGUAUGGUGUAGUGUAGAAAAGAACUUGCUUUUGCAGAUGGACAAGGAAAGUAGCUAUCUGCAAUACCACAGCAGGGACCUUCCAGUAUCCAGCUUUCUUUGUCAUGGUAAUGUUACAGACAUGUGCUGAUCUUGGAAAACUGGAGUUGUGAUAGCAGCUUAAUGAAGUUGGUCUGGGAUCUCUGCUUCUCCCCAAGGCACGAGGGGCGGUAGAACCAUCUAGAUGUGGUUAGUUGUGGGGCUAAAAAAUAGGUGCCCAUAUCCUGGAUGUGUUUGCUGCUGUGAUCGAGACUUUUGUUUGUGGCAAAUGCUGCAAAUUUUAUUUUUUUGAGAUGCAUCUGGAGCUGAAUUAAAUAGCUCACUGAAUCUGGUGGCUGUUAGAAAUAAGAUGUUUCUUAUUUUGUGGGCGGAAAAAAUCUGUGGAAUUGUUGGAGAACUGCAAGCGUGUAACUUCCACUCCCGCAAAAAAACCUCAAUACGUGCUUUCUAAGAAGAAUGUCUUGAUACUAAGAAAAGUAUCCAAUUAUAAGCCCUUUGCUCCUGAUAUUAUUUAUUUUUUCCAGGUAAAAAGCAGGGUCUGUUUUCCAAAUGUUUCGUAUCUGUUUUUAAGGUUACAUUUUUUUAGUGAACAUUAUCAACUUCUCAGGGAAAGUUACUGGCUCCAUUUUGCUAAGGUUGGGUGGCUCCUAAUUUUGUUUUGAUAUGAGCCACAUUCUCUGCAAUAGUUGAUAUAUUCCAUAGUUAUUGAAGAUACUUCCUAGAUUUACUUUCUGAGAAAAAAAUAAAGGUAUAUUUUUUAUUUAACUUCAUAGAGUUUGAAACAUUGCUCGCUAUUGGCCAGAUGGAGUUUAUUACAAUUUAUAAUUCAGAACAAGCUGGAGUUUUUACCCUUGAUUGAUAGCUGAGAAUGCUGCCUGUAUGUUUUGUCCUUGUUACUGGUGUCCUUUUUUUAAUAAAUACAUUUGUUAUA